AUGGAGCCCUUCCUGAAGGAGAAGCUGUCCCAUCGUCCCCGCGCUCAGGGAUGCCUUCCUCCCUCUCCUCUCUCUCAAGCGCUGUCUCAUGCGGAAGCCGGCGGUCCAGAAAUGGCUCGUGUCUAUGCCAAACCGUUCGCGCGCACUUUUCCACCUGGGUUUGUUUGGAAGAUAUUAGGAGGGCGCAAGAAGGGGCACCCAGAGAGACGGCCCCAAGAUAUUGCUGAGGAAAGCAGAGUGCCUCCUUUCUCUAAGGAGGUGGCAAGAGAUGACAGAAGUUCUUGGGAUGUGGAAACGGCAGUGUCAGCAGGCCAGGGCCUGGAAGCACCCAACCACCAGCCUGAGUGUUGCAGCUUGUGCAAGGGACUCAGGGACUCAGGUCUGGAAGCGUCGUUUCUGAGCAAGGACGCGGCUGACAACCAUAAUGGAGGAAGGGCUGCUGAGGCACCUCUGGAGCUGGAAUCUUGGGCGGGCCAUCUGAGGCACAUGUGGCAGCUGCAGUGCAAUGCACAGGCGGUGACCACGCUCCAUUGUGCAGGGUCUGAAGCAGGGCUGGGGGCUAGCAGCGAACAGGUGUGCCUGGCCACAGCCCUCUUCCCUGUGCUCAGCCCUUCCUUACCAUUCCGUGACCCCAACACCAGUGUGACAUCAGUGGCCAAACAGCAGAGGUCAGGGCCUCGCAGCCGACCCGCAAGGGCAGGAGAUCCUCCACUGCUACGUUCCUGUACUGGCACUGCAAGCGCUUCAAGACCCAGCCAAGUGUUUAAGGAGCUGGGUCCCAAGUCCAGAACGAGGCAUCCCCCGAGAGGAUGGCUUCUGCUGCCCACCUGCAACACCCCCAUGCAGGGAGAACGCCUGCUCCGCUGUUCCAGCAGCAGCUGCACAGCCCUACUCCCUGAGGAGGGCUUCCAGAAUCGUCGGCGUCUGCGUGAUCUUCGCCAGCUCACCAAGACAGCCAUGGAGCUUCUGGAGCAGGGCAAGCCAGGUCAAUCAGUGGAGUUGCUGCAGAAGUGCCAGCUGGAAGCCAAGGGGUUCCUCUCUUCGAAGCAUCUGCUGGUGGGUGAGAUUGAGGAUCACCUGGCGCAGGCACAUGUCAUCCUAGGGAAAUGGCAGGAAGCAGCAACACAUCUGCGCAGGAGCAUACGGGUUGUGGAAGGUCAUUACGGGCCCUCCAGCAUCGAAGCGGGCCAGGAGCUCUUCAAACUGGCCCAGGUCCUCUUCAAUGGGCGUGCCAUCCUAGAAGCCCUGCAGGCAGUGGAGAAGGCCGAGGCGGUCUUGUUGGUGCAGCUGGGUCCUCAGGAUACCCAGGUCCAGGAGCUGCGGGAGAUGAGAGCCUGCCUGAAGGAACUGCUCAAAAGAGCCCCCGCUGAAGCCACCACAACUGCAAUACUGUAGGACCCGGCGGCGAAGGAUGAUGGGAGCUGCAGUUCGGUGAGAGGAGGAACCAGAGGCUUCAGGACCGAAGGCGCUGGGCUUGCUGCCAGACUCUUAGUUUCUUGAUUCUCUGAUUAAAGGAGCGGAGCGGG